GCCAUGGCGGCGGCGGCGACGGCGGGACCGGCGGCACCGCGCACCAAGACCAAAAAGAAGCAGAAGCGCUUCGUGCCACAGCGGGUGAAGGUGCCGCGGGCGGCCGAUCCGCUGUUGGCCGUGCUGGCCUGGGGCGUCAACCACCAGAUCAACGAGCUGAGCCAGGUGCCGCCCCCCGUUAUGCUGCUGCCCGACGACUUCAAGGCCAGCUCCAAAAUCAAAGUGAACAAUCACCUCUUCAACCG